CCUCAGUAACUCCGCUCUCCGGGUUUUCUAACUUGCCUCCUUCUCGUCCCACUCACACACACUGUCAGAGCGCGGAGUUGACAACCUCUGGCCACUGUAGCCGUUGCGAGGCAGCCUGCUCUUUACUCAGCUGAAGCUCUCAUUGACUCGGGUCUGUGUCCUCAUGCAAGGCUGCUGAAGAAGCUCUGAGAAUCAGGUUUUCUUCUCUCUUUGCUCCUGACUCACUCAGAUCGGACUCAUCAACACUUCAUUACAGCAAAGCAAGAGGAUAAAAGUGAACGUUAAAUUUCAAGACUUGUCACUGUCUACUAAUACUCUUCACAAUGUCUGGCGAUGAUGCACCUGCUCAGCAGCAAAACGCCGAGGAAACAAAGCAAGAUAAUAAACCCAGCGAGGAGCCGAAAGCUGAGUCCAAGCCGGAGUCCCCACCAGUCAGUUCCACCGAUGCGGCUGCCACACCGGCGGCGACCGAGAAGGUCCCCGAGGAAGAGCAGUUCACCUACCGCUCUCUGGUCCUUUCCGGCUACGGGGGCUAUGAUAAGGUGAAACUGCAGGUGAAGAAGGGGAAGCCGGCACUCAAGGCCGGAGAAGUCAUGGUGCGGGUCAAGGCAUGCGGGCUGAACUUUGCCGACCUGCUGGCCCGGCAGGGUCUGUACGACCGGCUUCCGUCCCCACCUGUCACGCCAGGGAUGGAGUGCUCCGGGGAGAUCGAGGCUGUGGGAGAAGAGGUGACGGAUAGAAAAGUGGGUGACAAGGUGCUGGUGCUGAACCGCUGUGGGCUGUGGCAGGAGGUGGCCGUGGUGCCCGCUACCCACACGUUCCUCAUCCCAGAGGGAAUGACUUUUGAAGAAGCCGCCGCCCUCCCCGUCAACUACAUCACCGCCUACAUGAUGCUGUUUGACUUUGGCAACCUGAGGCCCAACCAGAGCAUCCUCAUUCACUCUGCUGCAGGUGGUGUUGGCAUCGCGGCCACCCAGCUGUGCCAGACAGUGAAGGAUGUGACAGUGUUCGGGACGGCGUCGGCCAGUAAGCACGAGACCAUCAGCCAGGGCGGAGUCACGCACUGCAUUGACUACCGUACAAGGGAUUACGUGGAGGAAGUCCGCAAGAUCAGCCCCAAAGGGCUGGAUAUUGUGCUGGAUCCUCUGGGAGGCUCAGACACCCACAAGGCUUACAACCUGCUGAAGCCCAUGGGCAAGCUCAUCACCUACGGCGCAGCUAACAUGCUAGCAGGCCAGAAGAAGAACCUUCUGGCGGUGGCUAAGACCUGGUACCACCAGUUCUCCAUCCACACACUCAGCCUGAUCCAGAACAACAAGUCAGUGUGUGGCUUCCACCUGGGCUACCUGGACGGAGAGGUGGAGGUCAUCCAGCAGGCCAUGACCACCAUCCUGGACCUCUAUAGACAGGGCAAGAUCAAACCACGCAUCGACUCCACCUAUCACCUCGAACAGGUGGGCGAUGCCAUGCGGAGAAUGCAGGAGAGAAACAACAUCGGCAAGGUGAUCCUCAUCACCGAGCCUAUGCCAGAGGAGGAGAAGAAAGAGGAGCCUAAGAAAGAGGACAAGAAGGAGGACAAGAAAAAGGAGGACAAGAAGAAAGACGACAAGAAGAAGGAUGACUCCAAGAAGGAGGACAAGAAAGAAGAGAAGAAGAAGGAAGAGCCGAAGAAGGAGGAGAAAAACGAGGAAAAAAAUGAGGAGAAGAAAGAGGAGAAGAAGGAAGAGCCCAAGAAAGAGGAGAAGUGAGAGUGAGGGAUUGAUGGAUGGAUGGAUGGAUGGAUGGAUAGUCAGGCAGGCAGACCAUAGGGGAGCUCUUGUCCUGGGAGCAGGGGUUUGGUUUGGGAGGGGGUGACAGGGCAGGGGAAAUGUGGUGAGGGAGGGAAAGGGAAAGGGAGGUGUGGUGUGUGUGGGUUGGACUUGGGAGAGCAGGGGAUGGGGGUGGGCUUUAUAGAUACAUUGCACAGCAGUCAAUCUGUCAUCCCUACCAUCAUCUCUCAGACCCCUUCCCAGUCCACUCUGACAGCGACUACUCAGGCCUGGGCCUUUACCCUCCCCUCCCCCUCCUCCCCUCUCUCUCCUCCCCCACUCAAGCAAAGGUCACUUUAUUUCUGAAUCCCUCACGCUCCCUCAUCCCAGUGCACCUUAAUGAUAGCCGGGCUCACAAAACAGCUCCAGGCCUCACCUCGCCACCAUGGGAAAAUGACCACUACAAUACGCUCUCCUUUGACUCAUGUCAUAACAGUCUGAAGGUGUUGCCUGUUGAGACCCCAGAGAGAGAGUCAGAGAGAGAGAGAGAGAGACACAGAGGGACGGUGUGGGUGUAAUUCCCAGGCCUGGGGUGCAUCACCGUUGCCUUGACAACGAUAAUUCGACCUGUUCCAACUCACACAGUGCCCCUCCUCCCUCCAUGUCGACUCCCACUAUGCUAGAUUGCCCUGCGCUGACUUCCACCUGUCACCUCUCCUUUCUCCCCUCACCCUCUAUUGAGUUCCCCCUACCCUCCCCCUCUCCCUAUGGUAUAAACCCUCAGACAGACAGACAGACAGACAGACAGACAGACAGACAGACAGACAGACAGACAGACAGACAGACAGACAGACAGACAGACAGACAGACAGACAGACAGACAGACAGACAGACAGACAGACAGACAGACAGACAGACAGACCCACACCCACCCACCAUCUCACAUACGGUCCAGUGUUUUGUUAUGUCACUGUGCAUGAGUCAGUCAGUGUUUGCUUGUCUGUGAUUGGCUGUCAGCUUGCCUGGAGAUGUUUGCAUGGCUGUGUGAUGCUUGACUCCAAAGCCAGUGGUUACAGAACUCCCCUGUCAAUCACCACUACCCACUCUUUAUUUAAGUACAUAAAGAAAGGUUAGCGGCACAUCCCUUAAAUGCCAUGGCACUUCUAGUAUCACACAGCUCCGCCCUCACAGCUGAGCCCACACUACAUAUCCCAUAAUCCUAGAGGUGACGCACUAGAGACCAGACAAUAGCGUGUGACAGGAUGAAGCUCCAGACAGAGAAUUAAUGAGCCAUUUGGUCCAGUAUUAAAUAGGGAGGGAGAAAUCAGGGCUUAGUUUUGGUGCUCUGUAGUCACUGAUGUUUCUAAUGAACCAACUGUUGGCAAGCAGUGCACAGUGCCAAUUAGGAGAGAAAAUUGUCUCUCUUCAAACAAGGCGCACAAACACAAACACACACACAGGACGAUGUGUUCAAAGAGGCAGUGUUGUGUAGAGACACUAAGACGUGAACGGAGUAAGAUAGAGUUGAAUGCCGCCCAGUUCCUUGAUAUCAGACCCUAUUCCUCCCCUGACGUUCCAUGGCAUUCCACUCCUUUCACAGUGACCGCUUGCCUGUCGUUCACCCUGAUCUGGAACAGGGGAGUUUAGAAGGGUUAAAAAACUCCUGGUGCUGUGCAUUCUCACCCGUCCCUCCCCCUUCUCCUUUCUCUCCAUCUCUCUCUUUCUCUCUCUCUCUCUCUCUGUCUCUGUGGUCGGCAUAGCAACAGGCACCAGGCUCGUCAUAGAUGGCGCUCUGGUCUAUUUCUCGGUCUAUCUAGAGUGAGUGUGUGAGUGAGCAGUAAAUUGUGUAAUGAAACCUCGGCUUUAGUAUUAAAGCUGUAGUACAGCGCUGUAAAAUCAGGCUAACAUCCUAGUUUCUACACUCCGGAAAUAUUUAUAUUUGUAUCGGUAUAUUAUGAGGACAUUCAAAUCCCAUAUAGUCUGUGUGGUGGUGGCACACCUAGGGCCACAAUCAGUAGUUGGCCUCUCCCAUACGAAUGCACUGCUGCCCCUUGUGGACAUAAUUUAGAACAGCAAGACUGGUUUUCAGAAGUUGAUUAUAGGCGACUCCUUUGUAUCAAUAAAGCAGGGUUUUGUUUUCAUCCUCCUCUAAAUUAUAUUGAAUUAAUCUGAUAUUCAUUCUUACGUCAGAGAUGAAUUGCCUAUAAUAAACCAUGGAUGGAAGCUAAACCUGUUAUGUGCAGGAGUCCUGCAGUACGGACUUCAAAAACACCCCACCAUACUAUCGAUUUAGAAAUAUGUGAGAAUCCAUGCUCUUUACACACUUGUCUGUCUGCCUGCCUGUCUGUGAAGAGUCUCAGAUAGUGACUAGUGACUUUGUCAAGAAGUUGUUGUGUUAGCAUGAGUGGCCUCCCUCAUGUUGUGUGUCAGUCAUUGUGUGUGAAGAUGUGUGUGUCCUCAGGUCGUUUGUCAGGUUAAAAAAAGACCCACCUCCUCAACCCCAUUACAACCUCCCCUUCCUUGCACUCUUUAUCUGCUUCACAGCUGUCUAGCUCUAAUCCUUUGUUUCUCUCUCUCUUUCUCUCUCUCCUCCCCUUCUCUGAUGAGGCCAAUGUUAAGAGGACAAUUGGUAUAAGUAUUUUGCACUCUGCUCGCUGAUUUUAAUGCACUUCCAGGCAUGGCAGUCCCACUCCAGUCCCGCUGGCUCUGAAUCCGCUCCGCUCCUUCCCCACUCAAAGAGACCAUACUGUAUCUGCUGAAGCUCACUGGAAGUACAGUGGAAGUGACAUUUUUGCAUGCACUCAAAACACAAACACUCAUCUCCUCCUCUACCUUCUGCCAGCUUCUCCUGGUUGGCAGCUCAAAUGAAACCAUUCAUUCAUCCAGGGCUGUGAAAGUGACAACCCGGUGUAGCGGGGACAGCAGUGGGCCUGGGACUGAGUGUGAGUGCCAUGCCGGUGUGGGGAGUGACUGUGUUCUGUCAGGCUCUGGUUAGUGUUCUUUUCUGAUCUGCUGGGCUCCUUCUGUGAACCUGUGGACGGUGCUUCUGUUCUCUGAAUGCCAUGUGAGAAGCUAAUGCUUCAGUAAAAGGAUGUUUUACUUAAUAUGUUAUUUUUGGAGGGGGUUUGACCGAUGUUUUUUUUGUUUUGUUUUCCAAGGGGUUUAAAGUUCAAAGUUCAUACUCUUUACGCAGGGACCUGCCUAACUACAUUCCUUUUCAAUGUGAUGAGCCUUUCUGUUGGGCCUGACCCUUUGUGCCAAACUGUAUGUACUCCUCUGUCAAUGCCUUGACUACAACGGUGCAUUCAAUGAAAAAGAGAAGAAGAAAAAACGUUUCUGGGUACUUUUCCUAUGACCUUGUAGAAAAGCAAAAACAAUCUGUGUAUGAUUUCUGUCCCAAAUGCUUAUGGGUGCUGAUAGAAUUUUGCUACAGUUUACAAAAGGUUCUAGUUGUUUUUGAUUGGUUGGGGUCUUGCUCUCAUGCCUCAAUCCUAAAACACACACACACACAUACACACACAGACACACUACCUCGUUGAGAGGCACUUCCCAUCCAUAUCCAAACUCCUCACUGUGCUAAUCUCAGAUCGGCGGAAUGUGUUAAGAGUAUUAUCAGGCCUCAGACAUCUACUACAACAAACUGAUCCCACGUCAGUCAACAGGCCUAUGCGUUUACAACCAUACCAUAUAAUCUCCAUAACAGUGAAUGGACAAGGUGCAUGGACGAUUAGGCUGCACAGCAAAGCAAACAAACUAAAAAUCUUCUUAGAAUUGCAACCAAAAAAACUAAAAAGAUAAAUAAAACAGAUCCAUUCAAAAAUAUACAUGACCAGGCGAAUCAUUGAAUCACGGAGCAUUUCUUUCAUCCACCUCUCUCUAGUUUAGCUUUGUGAACACCACCCUACUCCGGUUUCCUGUUUCUCUUAGCCUGAUUCCAAAUGGUUUGUAUGGGAUGAGAGAGAGAGAGUGAGUUAGCAGAUGUGUAGGGGAUGUCAUAGCGAGGCCAUAUGGCACAGCUGCACAGAUAGAAACGCAGCUCUAGAUCUGUCCCAGACGCAACAUAUCCGCCCUAAAGCCGAUCCCAGUUCACAUACAGCCUGUUGGUCUUAGACAAUCCACUAUCCUCUAUUGCACCUCAAGAGCACUUUGGUUCUAGUCAAUUAUCAGUUAGCCAAAGCCCCGCCCUCUUCCCUCUCCAUACACACACUCAUCACACCAUACGCACACAUCACAUUAACAUCUGGAACUAAAUUGCAUGCAUCCAAUGGUGCAGAGAUUAUAUGUCAUUUGAUUCAAUGUUUUUCUUCCUAUUUGAUAGAACCAAAAGGUCUCUUAGAUGAACUCAGCUGCAGCACACGGGUGGGUGGGUGUAGUGAGUGGCUAGGGCGUGGGGUGUAACUGGGUGUCAGAGAGGACAGGAUGAAUCUGAUGUUGGCUGUGCCUGAGCCCUAACCCACUCCUCCCAACCCCUAGCGCCCGAUUGCUUUUCCAGCUUGGUGAAUCUACGUUGUAAAUCAGCUUGAAUUGCUUUUCCAGCCAGACACACAUUCUUAUGCAAGAGCUCUAAAACCAGAGAUGAUCCUUCAAGAAACUAAGGCAUUUCAUGCAUUGGAAAACAUCACAGCGCCCAGCUAUAUUGUUCGAGAUAACGUGCUGAUUGUUUCUUGGGAGUAAAAAAGGGGUUUCCUUUGAUUGGCAGUAGUAAUAUCACUGUUUCACAUGGUUUCUCACAGGUCAUUCCAAACAGCUUCCCUUACUCUUGAUCAGAAAUGACUGCCUUUGAGUACACUUGUUUGUCUUUGUUUUUCUCUCUCACACACGCUAUAUCGUUCUCCUUUCCAGUCUUAUGUCAAUCGCAGUGCUUGGUGGAGUGUAUUCCUAGUUAGAAAGAUAAUCCCAGUCUGGAGAUUAUUACCACAUCCAGAGGCGUACAGCCCCCACCCAUCCACCCCCCCACACACCCCCUUCCCUAACAGAAAACAACCCAGCCGCUUCUGGCUGUCUCUGGCUCUUCAUUAGCAAUCACUAAAAACUGUUGCCAUGUGCCAACUACCGACAUAUUCCCCGACUCUGUAGAAAUGCUGUGAGUGUCUGGUGCGUUUGGCUAGGUUUGUUACGAUGUGUAUAGUCCACUAGGAUCUGUGUGUAGGUGACCCGGGGAAAAAAGGCACGUGUGUAUAGUUCACUAUUCCUUCCACUGUAUAGUUCAGUAGUGGCUCUGUGCAGAGGGAGUCCCUUUCCACCCUUAUCAUCACGGUGCCAACAGCAGCCAAAUCCCUGCACCUAUACCUGCUCCCACCCCCCCUCUCCUCACUGCACCCAUACCCGCUCCCAUUCCCCCUCGCCUCUCCUCACUGCACCCGUACCCGCUCCCAUUCCCCCUCCUCUUCCCUCAUCUGGCAUUGUCAAGUCAGCCUCAUAACAAGAUGCACAUGAACCCGUCCAUGGGAAAGUUUCAGAAAAACAGGUCCAUUGUCACUUUCCCGUCCAGACAGCUCAGUUUCCACACACGGUUUACUGUGAGACAGCUAUUCUACCUACACGUUGAUUUGUUUGCUCGGUUUUCGUUCCUUCUCUCCUUCUGUCUAUAGUGUUGUUUUCGUUCCUUCUAUCAAGUUGUCUCCACUUUGUUUUUUAAACCCUUUGAAUUGAUGCUGCUUCUGUGCUUGACUGGAUUUUACUGCGUACGUGGUGCCAUGCUGUCCACAGUAUGGGCUCUAGAGCUUGUAAUGCUUCAAUGUGUAAUGUUACCAUAUGCCUUACAUGUUUUCCAGGACUAAUAAAAAAGCAUAACGGGGACAAAAAAAGA